CCCCUUCCCUCACGGCUUGAAAGCCCUGCUCCGCGCCAUUCGGACGACAUCCCCGCCCAAGUCCCCCCUCGUCCCAAUUGACAAGCGUACCCUGGCAGGGGCCCUUGGGAAGGAUAUUUCACGCGCCGAUCACUCUACCGGGUAGUCGUCAGAAGUUGCUUGAAACCCCAUCCACACCCAGUCCCGCCUGGCCGAAGAGGGCAAUAAGGUUCAGACCACUCCUGCUUGACCCCUCGACCCUCGUGUGAGCCCAUGCUUGCGCAUGCCACCCGCGUCAAUCCUGUUGCACCCCUCGAAGACACUUAAGGGCGCUGAUCCGUCCUUCUCGACUCACAGCCGCCACGCUUGAUCAGCAUCGCUACUUCUGGUUGAUCUCACUUCCAAGUCGGACCGGAAGAGAGACCACCACGCCGACCGCACUAUCGGGUAUUCACCAUGACGAUGACCGUGGAUGACCACAGCCGGCGCCGCUUCGGACCACCCCUAGGCUUCCACCAUAUGCCUUCGUUCACUAGCCAGCCGCAGUUCUCAGACCCUUGGCACUCGUCGCCGUCCCCGACGGGACCGGCCCCUCCAGGCGCGGGCCAACACGGGCUGUACACCGGGAACCAGGACAGCGCCGGUCUACCUCACUUAAACCUCGCGGCCCUCCCUAGGCAACCGCCGAGCUCACAGCACCCGCACCCUCCACAACAGCCGCAGCACACGGGGACGACAGGCAGCGGCAGCUCCAUGGCGCACUACGGCUCUCUCCCCGUCUCGGCGGCAUCAGCAGGGAGCGCCCCGAUGGCAGGCGUCUACAGACAGCACGAUCUGCUCUCGUUGCCGCCAGAUCCUUUCAGUCUCAACCGAGUCCCGCAGCCGCCAACGUCGGCGGGCUACGACAACUCAUCAUACACCAGCGCCUCGUCCCCGGUGAACGCUACGUAUGCAACAACUUCGGCGUCCCCGUACGACCAGCUGGGUUACGCGCCGGGGCCGAUGAGAGGGACCUUCUCCCUCGGGCAUGAAGACGGCUCGAGGAGGUAUUCGCAACAAGGUUUGCCGCCAGACGACAGAAGGAGCUUCCAAGACGCACUGGAGGCCAGCCACGGGAUGCUCUCGAUGAGCCAGGAGACGCCGAGAAACAUCUACGACGUACGCAACAGGGGCCGAGGCUCGGCAGACUCGUACGGGUUCCCCUCGACGCACUCGUCAACUUCGAGUGUAUCAUCGGCCGGAUUCAGCGGGUACUAUGGGGGCUCCAUCGACGGUUCGGUCAGCGACUAUUCGGCAGCCGGCUCGGACAUCGAGUCGCUGUCGGGACGCACUCUCCCAAGACCGCAGGGCCUCAUGUCGGCCCAGCCGCCGGCACCGCAAUCGAUGAUGGGCUCGUUCAGCUCCAGGGUGUCGUCCAGCGCGCAGAAGAAGCACAAAUGCAAGGUCUGCGACAAGCGCUUCACCCGGCCUAGCUCGCUACAAACACACAUGUACAGCCACACGGGAGAAAAACCGUUCGGCUGCGAGGUGGAAGGCUGCGGCCGCCGGUUCUCGGUGGUCUCCAACCUUCGUCGGCACAAAAAGGUGCACAAGAGAGGGGGCGAGACACCGUCAGACACGGGUUCCGAUGACCACCGGUCACCUUAGGAAUGGUGUACUAGUUUGCCUUGGAUUGGCCGAACCAGUCCCUACCGCACCUCGCCCUCCAACUUGAUGCGCGACGACUCCAUACAUAGACUUGAGACAUACGACCUUCUCUACUUCCGACCACUCGCUGCAUGCG